CAUUGGCCAGAUAUGCGGUGAAACCUGUGUUGUGCGUUGCUUUUGGUCGUUGACUGAUCUUAGCAGCAGAGUUGAAGCGGCGAAGCUUUCUGUCAAGAAACGACAACAGUAAGUCGGAAUCGAGAUCUGGUUCGUAUCCUCAACCAACUCGCAAGUGUCAUUCUUUCGUGUCAACGGCCAUCGAAUCAGUCUUGUUGCUCAUCCGUACAGACUGAGAGAAACCACUAGUGCUCCUAAAAUGUUCGCGAUACCAAACACAUCACGUAAUGUGCUGUACCGAAGCCUGGUCUCAGAGUCUAGGCGCCGAAUUUUGCAAGUACCGCGCGCACUGCUCUCAAGUUUGCCUCAAAAGAAGCCCCAAAAUCAAUGUCCGGUGCAAGAUCCCACUCCACCUACGUAUUCAGCAAGUGUAAGCUUAGAUGGACCUUCAUCAAAUGACAAAGAGGAGCAUCUCCGGCCACCAAUUCGUCAAGCAGGCAAGCCGGCUUUCAAGGUAAAUCCCGUUGGAAGCGAACUUGCCCACUUGUUGGGCGAGAACCAUCAUGACGAGGCUGCCCUUAUGAAGGGCUUGAUGGUAGAUCCAUCGUGUGAACAAAGCCUAUCUGCUUUACAAGAGAAUGACAUCCAUCUCAGACAUCCGAAAUUGGAGUAUCUUUUGAAAUUGGAUAAGUUAUGGCUUCGAGACGCUUGUACGUGUGAGCGUUGCGUGAAUCCAUCCUCGCACCAGAAGCGAUUUUCGACCAGCGACAUACCGAACGACCUGCCUAUUAAUUAUGUAAAACACUGCACGGACGGCUUCUUCGAGAUUAGCUGGAAACACGACUUCUUGACUGGAGGUAGUCACAUUACUCGACUGUCUGCUGACAGGGUCUACAACUCUUAUUUCCGUGGAGAGUAUCUCGAGCCUUUCCAUACCCAGGCACCAAAGAUUGCUUGGAAUGGUGUGAAGCUUAGAACUUCAUCAGUGUUUCAUGACUAUAAGUGCUUCAUGGAUGGCGGCCCGCAGUAUGUGGAUGCAAUAGAGCGGCUAGAUGCGUAUGGAAUCAUAUUCUUGCGCAAUGUUCCUUACUCUGAAGAGUCCGUGGAACAUAUCUCAAAAAUGCUCGGUAUCGCCCAAGAAACAUUCUUCGGCAAGACUUGGGACGUCAUCUCAAAGCCUGACCCAGAGAGCAUCGCUUAUACCAGUGACUAUCUUGGUCUUCAUCAGGAUAUGAUAUACCUAGACCAUCCACCGAAGAUCCAGGUCCUGCACUGUUUGGAGAACUCCUGCGAGGGAGGCGAAUCGAUGUUCAGCGACGGUUUACAGGCAGCUAGAGAGUUCCAGAAGGAAAGGUGGCAUACGAAGAUUCUCGAAAGGUUCAGGGUCAAGUACGAAUACAGAAGCGGUGGGCAUACCUACGCAACCUCGCGACCCGUUCUCCCCGAUUUCGAUUACAGAAUGAGAAACGACCAGGAUGGCUUUUCUUGUCAAGACAAUGGCGAACGAGUGUUGUUGCCCUUCUGGUCCCCUCCAUUUCAAUCUUCAGAUCAAUAUAUUCCAGCGGGGGCAGAAAGAGAACUUCGGCAUUGGAAACAUGCAGCCCAUGAGUUCAAGGCUCUGCUCGAGGAUGGCAAAAACGUCUUUGAAUACAAGAUGAAACCCGGGGAAUGUGUGGUCUUUGACAAUCUUCGCGUCCUGCACGGCCGCCGUCAAUUCAACUCUAGUUCAGGCAAGAGAUGGCUCAGAGGCAUGUACGUGGAAGGUAACUCUUUUAAGAGCAAACUUCAAUCUCUUGCAAGUCGUCGACAAGCCCAACUGGCCGGUCAUGACUCCAGUCUGAGUCGGUAAUAGCCGAUGUGUUGUGAAUCUGUUAAAAUUGCCGCAACAAGUGGCCCAGGGAUUUCAUUCAUUCUUUUGUCAAUUCUGGCUAGACGAGCACAAAAAUGGUAUGGUAGGGCGAAAGAGGGAGAAUAACAAACUGAUUUUCUGGAUCGCGAAGUGCGCAAGGUAGGGCAGCUUGACGUGAACCCAAUUUGAAUAAGCGUGGAUGAUCCGAUUAGGCGUCAAUUUGAGCUUGUUGGUGUCUAUAGUUUCUGGAAAGGCAUCCUUCGCCGCCAAUCACGGACAGAUGGACAGUUUCAUGAGCAAUAUGCAACUGUUGACAAGGUUUCGU